CACCUCAAGAGAACCAUCCCAAACACAAGCUCAGACUACUCACAAGCUAGGCUAGCUAUAUAGCAAGCAGCUCAUAUAUAGCACACUUGAAGCUAUAGCUAGCUAAUAGAAAUGGCGCCAUCAAAGCUUGCCCUGUUCCUCGCCCUGGCUGUCCUCGCCUUCGCGGCGGCUGUGCACGGCUGCACGCCGUACUGUCCUACCCCACCAGUGGUUCCCACCCCGCCGGUCGUGCCGACGCCGUCCGGUGGCGGCUCCUGCCCAAUCAACGCACUGAAGCUGGAGGUGUGCGCCAAUGUGCUGAACCUCCUGAAGCUCAACAUCCCUAGCUUGGGGAACGACCAGUGCUGCCCGCUGCUGCAGGGGCUCGUUGACUUGGAUGCCGCUGUCUGCCUCUGCACUGCUAUCAAGGCCAACAUCCUUGGCAUCAACCUCAAUGUGCCCAUCGACCUGAGCCUCCUCCUCAACCACUGCGGCAAGGUCUGCCCGGCAGACUUCACCUGCCCCCUUUAAGUAACCGGCUGAUGAAACGUACCGUACGUCUAGGCAUCAUCUGAUCAUCAUCCAUCCACUGUCUUGCCUGCAAUCUUGUGCACCUAUGCCGUCAGUCGUCUAUGUGUUGGUUUGCAUCUGCAUGCUCCCAUAUAUGUGUUCUCUUCUGUUCCAGCUCGAGUGAUCGCGCGGGAGAAGUCAUGGCAUGCAAAUUGUCGUUCUCAAUCGUUCAUUCAAACAAUAUGUUUGUCUGUAACUUCAUAUACGUGAAAUAAAAGUUCAUACAAGUUGUAUCGA